AUGGAGGCCAAGGUAUACAGCUUCGAUAACUUUGAGUGUUGUGCCGCAGACUUCCUGGUCCCUCCACCUGACGGCCAACCUUGGAGUCCAUUUAACUCUCGGCUCGAGUUUGAAAUUGCUGAGAUCAUGCUCGAGGUUGGGUUCAACAAUCAACAAACUGAUCGUCUUAUCAAGCUAUGUCUAUGCUUCGCAAUCCCUGGCUCUUUCCUCACUUCACAUUUGAUGCACACCACUCACAACCUAGUCUGCUAUACUUGCAGAGCAAGUGCAUUCGAUCCUAUGGGGUCGCAACUCCCACCAGGUGGGAAGCCUUUGGCAUAUAUACUCUAUGCGGAUAAGACAAAACUCUCCUCCUUCAGUACCGCAAAAGAUUACCCUGUGUAUGCUUGUUUAGCAAAUUUACCGACUGCAAUUCGAAACGGGCGAGGUGAAGGCGGUGGGUAUGUGGUAGGAUGGCUGCCAAUUGUUAAGGACAAAAAAUUGCACUCCGGAAAGCCCAGCUGGGUAGACUUCAAAAACACUGUCUGGCACACGUCAUUUGCCAGGAUUAUUUCCUCGUUAGCGUCAAAAUCGCAAACGGACCAGUGGGUCAAAUGUCUAGACGGUGUCACACACUGGUUCUUUCUCUGCAUCCUCAUUCUAUCAGCGGAUUUCGAAGAACGAUCUGUUGUGUCACUUACUCGAGGGAUAAUGAGUCUUUGGCCAUGCCCCAUUUGUCUAGUUCCUCGCAACGACCUGUGGGAUACUUCAAAAUCAUAUCGUUGGCGAACAUCAAAAGAGUCGCAAGCAGUCAUAAAUGCUGCACGUGCGAAAGAAACCUUUGAAGAAAGAGAGGAACUCCUGAAAGAACAAGCACUUUGUUUAAUUGAGAAUGCAUUCUGGGCAGUAGCAUUCACCUGCAUGCAUCGAGCAUUGUCACAUGACUGUUGUCAUUUCAAUCACGGCGGACUCUGGUCAUGCCAUCUCUGGGUUGAACUGCAGAAAUAUGUUGUAACUCUCGGAAGGGCACAAGUAUUGCAAGUUGACAAUCGAUUCAAAGAUUUUCCACACUGGCGAAAUCUCAGGCACCCAAACCAGGUCAUUGGUGUCACAUUUACAGACAGCUCCAUUCACGAGGAUAUUUCUAAGAUGAUAAUUUAUGCCACGCAUGAUGUCUUGACUGAGACUGAUUCUCUGCUCGGUUAUUUUCUCUUAUGGUGUGUAUGCCUUUACCUCGAGAUGGAUAUGUACGCUGCUCUGGAGGUUCACAUGGCCAAUACAAUCGAGGAGGGGAGACAUACGGUUCAAGCGUUCACAGCACUCAUGAAACAAUACAUGACACAAACCGCCGAUGACAAUGUGAAGAAUUGGAACUUUCCCAAACUGCACAUGACAAUACAUAUAUUCGAUGACAUCCAGGCUAAAGGUGCCACAUGCAACUACAACACCAAACCGAACAAGCAAAUGCACAGGCCCUUGAAGGAUUGGUACCUGAACCGGACUAACUUCAAAAAUGUUGCGGAGCAGAUCCUUUGCAUUGACCAUUGGUUACUUGUAGCUGAUGACAUUGGUCGAUGUAUUUCAGACUUUGACAAAUAUUUGCAGCAGAAAUCAGACUCGGAUGGUGAGGAAGAUGAUGCAUUGGAUGAUAAAAACACUGACAUUGGUCCAGGCGCAGAUAGUAUCAGUACUUUAGCGUCACAACAUGUGAGAAUGGGAUCUCGACAAGCACCACAGACCUUCUGUUCCAUCGAGAAUGCGCACAAGACCCAAGUUGAAUUCACCAACUUCCGCAUCAAGUUGAAUGCAUUCUUAAAUACUUUUCUACCCGCCUGCAAUAUUCUGCUGCCAAAUGGAAGAAGAAUCCACUUACAAUCAGAUGAUACUGUAGACUGGAAACUAUAUACCGACUAUCUUCGGUGUAACCCUCGGUUCUUCAACAUGCCGCAUUUUGACUGGGUCUUCAUCCGGACACAGAACAGCGUCAUCCUUGGAUGCUUAGACAAGCAACUUAACCUUUUGAGAGUUCAUGCACAACUGCACGCAAAGGCCGAGUUCUUCUCGGUACAAUCGAUCAUUUGUGGGGCCCUCCUAGUACAGGAUUCAGGUGGAAACCCCCUUAAUUACUUUGUUGUUGACACCAUUGACACAGACAUGUUUCUUCGUGUAAGGGAGAUGCAUCAGCAGGCAGGUCAUCCAGUGCGCAUCUGA